UCAUUGUUCCUAAAAUGUUGGUCAUUGUCUUCACUGAAGACCGAUACAUUUCCUACAGUGGUUGUGUUGCUCAAUUAUUUUCCUAUGUGUUCCUAGAAGGCAGUGAGGCUUUUUUACUCUUGGCUAUGGCCUAUGAUCGUUACAUUGCUAUAUGUUCUCCUUUGUAUUACAGGAGCAUUAUGGAGAAUAAAUUCUGUCUGAUGCUUGCAGCCAGUUCUUGGAUGUCUGGUGGUAUUAAUUCAUGUAUUCACACAGCACUAACUUUCAGUCUUCCAUUUUGUGGAUCUCAUUAUGUAAAUCAAUACUUUUGUGACAUACCACCACUUCUUCAUAUAUCUUGUAAGGUUACUUUUAUUAAUGAAAUAGUUUUAUUCACAGUUGGCGGAGUUUGGGUAGGUAUUGGGCCUUUCUUGCUAAUUAUAAUUUCCUACUCAUACAUCUGGUCUGCGAUAAGUAGAAUGCACUCAGCAGAGAGAAAAAGUAAGGUCUUCUCUACAUGUUCAGCUCAUAUAACAGUGGUUGCUCUAUUCUUUGGUGCAAGUAUUUUUACUUAUAUACAUCCUCCAUCCAGAUAUGCUUUAGAGGAGAACAGAGUUGUGUCUGUAAUAUAUAGUGUUUUGACACCAAUUUUUAAUCCUUUUAUAUACAGUUUGAGAAAUGACUCUGUAAAAGGAGCUUUACAGAAAGCUAUUAAAUACUUAUUGCUAGCAAAGAAAUAG